AUGGGUUCAAUGGAUAACCAAAAUGCCAUUGAGCUCUUUGAAGGCCAAAAUAUCUUGUACAUGCAGAUAUUUGGUCACCUUAAACCUUUGUGUCUUAAAUGGGCUGUCCAACUAGGUAUUCCAGACAUAAUACACAACCAUGGAAAACCCAUUACUCUUUCUCAGUUGGUAUCAACUCUUCAAAUUCCACCGUCUAAGACUACUUUUCUUCAGCGGUUAAUGCGCUUUUUGGCACACAAUGGAAUCUUUCACAUCCAUCACAGCCAAAAAGAUCAUGAACUAACAUAUGCUCUAACCCCAGCCUCAAAACUUCUAGUCAAUGGCAGUGGCCAUUGCUUAUCUCCAAUGGUUCGGUUGAUUACUGAUCCUCUUCUCAUGAGUAAAUACCAUCACUUGGGGGAAUGGAUUUGUGGGGAGGACCCCACACUGUAUGAGACUGCCUUAGGGACAAGUGUUUGGGGACUUAUUGACAGAGAACCUAAAUACUUGAGUCUCUUCAGUGAGGCCAUGGCAAGUGAUUCCCAAAUGGUAGACUUGGCUCUCAAAAACUGCACUUCUGUUUUUGAGAACCUAGAUUCCAUCGUGGAUGUAGGUGGUGGAACUGGAACCACAGCCAGAAUUAUCAGCGAGACAUUUCCUAAGUUGCAAUGUGUUGUGCUUGACCUUCCUCAGGUUAUAGCAAACUUGACAGGAAGCAGUAAUUUAAGCUUUGUUGGUGGUGACAUGUUCAAAUCCAUCCCUCAAACUGAUGCAAUCCUUCUAAAGUGGGUUUUACAUGAUUGGGAUGAUGAAAAUUGCGUAAAGAUUCUGAAAAACUGUAGGGAGUCUAUUUCAACCAAAGACCAGAAAGGAAAAGUGCUUAUAAUAGAAACAGUAAUAAAUGAAAAGCUUGAUUACAAAGAAGUGACUCAAACAAAGCUGAGUUUGGAUAUGACAAUGUUGGCCAUCAAUGGAAAAGAGCGAACCGAGGAAGAAUGGAAACAACUCUUCAUUGAAGCAGGAUUCAAAGACUACAAAAUAUUUCCCAUUCUUGGUUUUAGAUCUCUUAUUGAGGUCUAUCCAUAG